UAUAUAUGCUCAUAUUUUAAUCACAGGUCUAUUCAUUAUGGAUCCGGGACCGGAGAAUCCCGACGUUUUGUACCUUCAGGCGAGUCAUUGUUCAGACCAUAUUGGUUCGGGAGAGGUAAUACGAAUAAAUUAGAUAUAUAUUUCUUCGAUUAAUGUAAUUUUUUAAUGAAUAUACUUAAAACUGAUUCUCGUUUUAUGUGCAGCCCGUACCAGAGUACACGAUGAUCGAGCAUUCCCAUAGUCAUUCGGCAUGGGUCAUAGAGGAUGAGAGGGUACUAGCUUUGAUCGCUCAGGCCGGUUUUCGACCGUGUUCGACGAUUCGUUAUAUCAGGCUUGAUUGGCCGCUUAUCACUGCUUUGAUUGAGAGGUGGAGGCCAGAGACCAACACCUUUCACAUGCAUAUAGGGGAGUGCACGAUCACUUUACAGGACGUGGCCGUCAUACUUGGGCUCCGGAUUGAUGGACCGGUAGUUACGGGCACCGACGAUCAUAGUUGGCCGGAGGUAUGUGCCCGGCUACUUGGACAGGUUCCCGACUUGAGGAGUGGUGCGAUGAAGCUAUCGUGGCUUCGUCAGACAUUUCAGGGCGACAUACCAGAGGAUGCCUCUGAUGAGACGCUCCAGUUUCAUGCUCGUGCAUACAUAUUGCACAUGAUAGGGUGCGUACUAUUUCCUGAUGCGAGCAAGACUCUCGUACAUGCACGAUGGCUGCCACUGCUGGAGGAUUUUGGUGUAUGCGGGGCACUAUCGUGGGGCAGUGCGGUGUUGGCAUAUUUGUAUCGAGAAUUGAGUAGAGUAUCUCUGAUGCAGAAUAAAGAAUUCAAGGGAUGCUGUACGUUGAUACAGAUUUGGUCAUGGGAGCGCAUUCAUAUUGGACGACCCACUUUACUUAUGCACCGUGACUUAGAGGGGCAGUAUCCGUUGGCAUACAGGUAUAAUUGUACACACACAUAUUUCAUUCGUAACCUGAAUAUUUGUACUUAUAUAUUCGCUAUUCUGCAUAUAGGUAUAACGUGCGAUACGCUCAGUACAAAUCAGCGACGCGUCACCGUCAGUUUUACCGAAAUGAGCUUGAUGGCCUCCAGCAUGAACAGUUCAAGUGGAGACCCUAUACACCGCCGGAGCUCGAUAUACAUUCUCUUGCACCUAUCUGCCGAGAUAGUCCCGACUUGUGGAGAGCCAGAGUUCCAUUGAUCUGUUGGGAGAUCGUAGAGAUGCAUGUACCGGACCGUGUGCUACGGCAGUUUACACUCUCUCAGCAUAUUCCAGAUCCUGUCGAGCAGAUCAAUCGUCGGCGGCGCCCUACAUCGCACCGGACUGACUGGGCCGUAGUCCGUGCGGACUACAUAGGCAGGUGGGUUCAGAGGUGGGAUUGCAUACAGGAUACGAGGCCCACAGCUGUUGACUAUACCACGUAUAUGCGUUGGUAUUGGGGUAUCACACGUAGAUGGAUCACGCGUGACCCACAGCCUUUAGCUGGACACAUGCCACGCCCACCGACAGAUAGUUACAUCCCUAGUGGGAUGAACGAGAGAGAUUACGUAAGUUUCUAAGCUAAAUUAUAAUAUUUUUUAUUGAGUUGAUACUUAAUAAAUUGUUUACCACGCAGGUCCGUGUUUUAGAUAGCAUUGAUGCUGAUAUUGAUGCGCACGUGACUGAGAUUCAGGAUCAGGUGGCGUUAGGUCUCCUCAGCAGGAUCAAGAAGAGCAUAGCGCAGGUGUUCCAUAAGACUCACGUCGACGAGUUCGCAGGCCGUGAGGACAGGUCUCGCUCAUUUGGACGGGCGUACGCUCGACGUCGACGGCCGCGUGAUGAUGACGCCGGCACUUCGCAUGCCGAUGGAGCCGGCACUUCGCAGCUUCAUACACAGCCGGAUACUCAGAUAGUUGAGGCUCAUCAGUAGGAACCCAGGGGGCGGGGAAGAGCGAGGGGGAGGGGGAAGAGAGGGAGAGGAAGGAGGGGAGCUAUAUUGGGUUGUAUAUGAACUUAUUUUGAUAAAUUUUGUAACUUUCCUGAAUUUUCAAAUACUGAACUUUUGAAGAUAAAUUGUUGUUCAUAUACAUAAUCGUGUGUGUUUAAUUCAUGGUUGAAUCAUGUAUAUAUUGUUGUUUGCAAAUAAAUUGGCAUAUAUAUGAGUU